AUGUCCUACAGACAGACUGUACUGUCCAUGUCCUACAGACAGACUGUGUCCUGUUCUGUCCAUGUCCUACAGACAGACUGUGUCCUGUCCAUGUCCUACAGACAGACUGUGUACUGUCCAUGUCCUACAGACAGACUGUGUCCUGUUCUGUCCAUGUCCUACAGACAGACUGUGUCCUGUUCUGUCCAUGUCCUACAGACAGACUGUGUCCUGUACUGUCCAUGUCCUACAGACAGACUGUGUACUGUCCAUGUCCUACAGACAGACUGUGUACUGUCCAUGUCCUACAGACAGACUGUCCUGUCCAUGUCCUACAGACAGACUGUCCUGUCCAUGUCCUACAGACAGACUGUCCUGUCCAUGUCCUACAGACAGACUGUCCUGUCCAUGUCCUACAGACAGACUGUGUCCUGUACUGUCCAUGUCCUACAGACAGACUGUGUACUGUCCAUGUCCUACAGACAGACUUGUACUGUCCAUGUCCUACAGACAGACUGUCCUGUCCAUGUCCUACAGACAGACUGUCCUGUCCAUGUCCUACAGACAGACUGUCCUGUCCAUGUCCUACAGACAGACUGUGUACUGUCCAUCUCCUGCAGACAGCUCAGGCUGUAA